AUGCUGUCUCAGCACUCGAUCGUCUGGGAAGGCCUAUGCGCCAGCGUGCCCGACGGCCGCGGCCAAAGGCGGGUGCUGCAGGACGCGCACGGCCACGCGCUCUCGGGCGAACCUCCGUCGGCGGACGCGUGGGUGAGCGGCGAGUCGGAGGAUGACGCGUCAGACUCCGAGUCGCCGCUCGAAGGCGGCAUCCUUGGCAUACUCGGCCCGUCGGGCGCGGGCAAGACAACGCUGCUGCGGAUCCUCGCUGGCCAUGCGCUGCCCGAUGCGGGCCGUGUCCUGCUCGACGGCGCCGAGUAUGACGGCGCCACCGCGGAGAGGAUCGGAUACGAAGAGAAGCUCUACGGCUGCCUCACGGCGAGCGAGACGCUGAUGCUGGCGGCGCGGCUCCGCGCCGUGCCCGCCGCCUCGCGCGGCCAGCUCGUCACCGACACCCUCGCCGCCCUCGGCCUGACCAGCGUCGCAGCCUCUCAAGUCGGCCGCCUCUCGGGCGGGGAGCGGAAGCGCGUCUCCGUCGCCACCGAGAUGAUGCACUCCCCAUCCCUCCUCCUCCUCGACGAGCCAACCUCGGGCCUCGACGCCAACGCCGCCCGCGCGCUGCUCGGAUCGCUGCGCGCCCUCUGCCCGCGCCUCGCCGUCGCCCUCACCAUCCACCAGCCGGGGGCAAAGCUGUGGGCGCAGCUGUCGCACUGCUGCCUCCUCGCGCCGGGCGCGCAGCUCUACUUUGGCGCCACCGCCGCCGCCCCCUCCUACUUUGCGAAGCUCGGCCUGCCCCGCCCGCACGACGCCUCCGUCGCCGAGCACCUCCUCGACCUCGCCGCCGACGCAGAGCCGCUCGGGCUGCCGCUCCGCAUCGCUGCGCUCGGGCCGGCGACGCACAGGCCGCCCGCCGCCGCGGCCCGCCUGCUGCACGCCUCGACCGCCAGGGCGACCGCCGCACGCCGCGCGAGGGCCGGGCGG